AUGAGUAUCACGGCAACCGGCUCUUCCACAAAGCCUCCGCUGCCUCCACUUAUACCCGCCACAGCCCGCACAACCAUCAAAAUCACCCCGGUAGCGACAUCGCCCAGACAGCCCCCAGUAAUUUCCCCCACGGCAUCCCAGCUGACAACCACUCUGCCAACACCAGCCCAAACAACAACCCCAAUUCCAGCGGUUGAACAAUUCACUGUCAAUUUCACCAUCACCAACCUCAAGUACAGGGAAGAGAUGGGAAUGCACAAUUCCAAAAUAUUCAAUGCAACGGAGAGUGAUCUCGUCCGCCUGCUUGACAGAAUUCUCCUCAACAGCAGCAUUGGCCCGGCAUAUCUGAGGUGCAGAGUGACUCAACUCAGACCGGUGAGAGACGGGGAUGAAACUGGAAUGGAUGCCAUCUGCACUUACCGCAACGACUCCACCACGCCCGCCUUUGACCGAGUGAAGGUGUACCACGAGAUCGUCAACCAGACCAACGGUUUCACUGAGAUGGGGCAAUACUAUCUGGAAAGAUACAGCCUCUACGUCAACGGUUAUCAUGAAACCCCUCCUGAAACAACCACUCUGCCAACACCAGCCCAAACAACAACCCCAAUUCCAGCGGUUGAACAAUUCACUGUCAAUUUCACCAUCACCAACCUCAAGUACAGGGAAGAGAUGGGAAUGCACAAUUCCAAAAUAUUCAAUGCAACGGAGAGUGAUCUCCUCCGCCUGCUUGACAGAAUUCUCCUCAACAGCAGCAUUGGCCCGGCAUAUCUGAGGUGCAGAGUGACUCAACUCAGACCGGUGAGAGACGGGGAUGAAACCGGAAUGGACGCCGUCUGCACUUACCGCAACGACUCCACCACGCCCGCCUUUGACCGGGUGAAGGUGUACCACGAGAUCGUCAACCAGACCAACGGUUUCACUGAGAUGGGGCAAUACUAUCUGGAAAGAUACAGCCUCUACGUCAACGGUUAUCAUGAAGACCCGCCUGAAACAACCACUCUGCCCACACCUGCCCAAACAACAACCCCAAUUCCAGCGGUUGAACAAUUCACCGUCAAUUUCACCGUCACCAACCUCAAGUACAGGGAAGAGAUGGGACAACCCAAUUCUACAGUGUUCAACACAACGGAAAGAGCACUCAUCGCAGUGCUUGGCAGGUUCCUCAGCAACAGCAGCAUUGGCCCUGCGUAUCUGGGGUGCAGAGUGACUCAACUCAGACCAGUGAAGAACGGGGAUGAAACGGGAAUGGACGCCGUCUGCACUUACCGCAAUGACUCCACCAGCCCCGCCUUUGACCGAGUGAAGGUGUACCACGAGAUCGUCAACCAGACGGACAACUUCAGCAAGAUGGGGCCCUAUGAGGUGGAAAGAUACAGCCUCUACGUCAAUGGUUAUCAUGAAGACCCGCCUGAAACAACCACUCUGCCCACACCUGCCCAAACAACAACCCCAAUUCCAGGGGUUGAACAAUUCACCGUCAAUUUCACCGUCACCAACCUCAAGUACAGGGAAGAGAUGGGACAACCCAAUUCUACAGUGUUCAACACAACGGAAAGAGCACUCAUCGCAGUGCUUGGCAGGUUCCUCAGCAACAGCAGCAUUGGCCCUGCGUAUCUGGGGUGCAGAGUGACUCAGCUCAGACCAGUGAAGAACGGGGAUGAAACUGGAAUGGACGCCGUCUGCACUUACCGCAAUGACUCCACCAGCCCCGCCUUUGACCGAGUGAAGGUGUACCACGAGAUCGUCAACCAGACGGACAACUUCAGCAAGAUGGGGCCCUAUGAGGUGGAAAGAUACAGCCUCUACGUCAAUGGUUAUCAUGAAGACCCGCCUGAAACAACCACUUUGCCAAUGCCAACACAAACGCCAACCCCAACCCCAACACAUGAACACUUCACCAUCAAUUGUACCAUAACCAACCUCAGAUACAAGCCAGAAAUGGGAACGCCCAACUCAAAGGCCUUCAACGCUACAGAGAAAGCGCUCACCAUGCUGUUUGGAAGAAUUCUCCGCAACAGCAGCAUUGGCCCGGCGUACCUGGGAUGCGAAGUGACUCAGCUCAGACCGGUGAGCAAUGGGGAUGAAACCGGAAUGGACGCCGUCUGCACUUACCGCAACGACUCCACCACGCCCGCCUUUGACCGGGUGAAGGUGUACCAUGAGAUUGUAAACCAGACCAGCGGCUUCACCAAGAUGGGUCCCUACAACAUGGAAAGAUACAGCCUCUACGUCAACGGUUAUCAUGAGGUCCCAGCUGAAUCAACCCCUCCACCAGCCCCGACACCAACCCCAGCCCUGGCAGUUGAACCCUUCACCGUCAACUGGACCGUAACCAACCUCAAGUAUAACCCAGAAAUGGGGACGCCCAAUUCAAAAGCCUUCAAUGCUACAGAGAAAGCUCUCACCACGCUGCUGGGAAGAAUUCUCCGCAACAGCAGCAUUGGCCCGGCAUAUGUGGGAUGCAAAGUGACGCAGCUCAGACCUGUGAGUGAUGGGGAUGAAACCGGAAUGGACGCCGUCUGCACUUACCGCGACUCCACCACGCCCACCUUUGACAGGGUGAAGGUGUACCACGAGAUCGUCAACCAGACCAGCGGUUUCACCAAGAUGGGUCCCUAUAGCAUGGAAAGAUACAGCCUCUAUGUCAAUGGUUAUCAUGAAGUUCCUGUUGCAUCAACCACUCUGCCAACGCCAACACAAACCCCAACCCCAGUCCCAACACUUGAACGCUUCACCCUCAACUGUACCGUAACCAACCUCAGAUACAAGCCAGAAAUGGGAACUCCCAACUCAAAGGCCUUCAACGCUACGGAGAAAGCGCUCACCAUGCUGUUUGGAAGAAUUCUCCGCCAGAGCAGCAUUGGCCCAGCGUACCUGGGAUGUGAAGUGACUCAGCUCAGACCGGUGAGAGACGGGGAUGAAACCGGAAUGGACGCCGUCUGCACUUACCGCAACGACUCCACCACGCCCGCCUUUGACCGGGUGAAGGUGUAUCACGAGAUCGUCAACGAGACCAGCGGUUUCACCAAGAUGGGUCCCUACAGCAUGGAAAGAUACAGCCUCUACGUCAACGGUUAUCAUGAAGUCCCAGUUGAACCAACCCCUCCACCUGCCCCGACACCAACCCCAGCCCUGGCAGUUGAACCCUUCACCGUCAACUGGACCGUAACCAACCUCAGGUAUAACCCAGAAAUGGGGACGCCCAAUUCAAAGGCCUUCAACGCUACAGAGAAAGCACUCACCACGCUGCUGGGAAGAAUUCUCCGCAACAGCAGCAUUGGCCCAGCGUAUGUGGGAUGCAAAGUGACUCAGCUCAGACCUGUGAGUGAUGGGGAUGAAACCGGAAUGGAUGCCGUCUGCACUUACCGCAACGACUCCACCACGCCCACCUUUGACCGGGUGAAGGUGUACCAUGAAAUCGUCAACCAGACCAGCGGUUUCACCAAGAUGGGUCCCUAUAGCAUGGAAAGAUACAGCCUCUAUGUCAAUGGUUAUAAUGAAGUUCCUGUUGCAUCAACCACUCUGCCAACGCCAACACAAACGCCAACCCCAGUCCCAACACUUGAACACUUCACCCUCAACUGUACCGUAACCAACCUCAGAUACAAGCCAGAAAUGGGAACUCCCAACUCAAAGGCCUUCAACGCUACGGAGAAAGCGCUCACCAUGCUGUUUGGAAGAAUUCUCCGCCAGAGCAGCAUUGGCCCAGCGUACCUGGGAUGCGAAGUGACUCAGCUCAGACCUGUGAGAGAUGGGGAUGAAACCGGAAUGGACGCUGUCUGCACUUACCGCAACGACUCCACCACGCCCGCCUUUGACCGGGUGAAGGUGUACCAUGAGAUUGUCAACCAGACCAGCGGUUUCACCAAGAUGGGUCCCUACAGCAUGGAAAGAUACAGCCUCUACGUCAACGGUUAUUAUGAAGUCCCAGUUGAACCAACACCUCCACCAGCCCUGACACCAACCCCAGCCCUGGCAGUUGAACCCUUCACCGUCAACUGGACCGUAACCAACCUCAAGUAUAACCCAGAAAUGGGGACGCCCAAUUCAAAAGCCUUCAAUGCUACAGAGAAAGCUCUCACCACGCUGCUGGGAAGAAUUCUCCGCAGCAGCAGCAUUGGCCCGGCAUAUGUGGGAUGCAAAGUGACUCAGCUCAGACCUGUGAGUGAUGGGGAUGAAACCGGAAUGGAUGCCGUCUGCACUUACCGCAACGACUCCACCACGCCCACCUUUGACAGGGUGAAGGUGUACCAUGAAAUCGUCAACCAGACCAGCGGUUUCACCAAGAUGGGUCCCUACAACAUGGAAAGAUACAGCCUCUAUGUCAAUGGGUAUAGAGAGGUUCCUGUUGCAUCAACCACUGUGCCAAUGCCAACACAAACGCCAACCCCAGUCCCAACACUUGAACACUUCACCCUCAACUGUACCGUAACCAACCUCAGAUACAAGCCAGAAAUGGGAACUCCCAACUCAAAGGCCUUCAACGCUACGGAGAAAGCGCUCACCAUGCUGUUUGGAAGAAUUCUCCGCAACAGCAGCAUUGGCCCGGCGUACCUGGGAUGCGAAGUGACUCAGCUCAGACCGGUGAGAGACGGGGAUGAAACCGGAAUGGACGCCGUCUGCACUUACCGCAAUGACUCCACCACGCCCGCCUUUGACCGGGUGAAGGUGUACCAUGAGAUCAUCAACCAGACCAGCGGUUUCACCAAGAUGGGUCCCUACAGCAUGGAAAGAUACAGCCUCUAUGUCAACGGCUAUAACGAACAGCCUCGUGAAACAACUGUUUUGCCCCCAGUGCCAACCAAAGCACCAACCCCAACCCCACCCCUGGUGGUUGAACGAUUCACCGUGAACUGCACCGUAACCAACCUCAGAUACAAGCCGGAGAUGGGAACUCCCAAUUCGAAGGCGUUCAACUCCACAGAGAAAGCACUCACCACUCUGCUUGGCAGAAUCUUCUCCGUAGGCAGUAUCGGCCCAGAGUAUUCGGGAUGCAAAGUCACAGCUUUGAAACCGGUGAGAGGCGGGGAUGAAACCGGAAUGGACACCGUCUGCACUUACCGCAAUGACUCCACCACGCCCGCCUUUGACCGAGUGAAGGUGUACCAUGAAAUCGUCAACCGGACCAGUGGUUUCACCAAGAUGGGUCCCUACAGCAUGGAAAGAUACAGCCUCUACGUCAAUGGCUACAAUGAGCAACCCCUCAAACCAACUGUUUCACCCUUGGUGACCAAAGCACCAACCCCAACCCCAGCCCCAGCAGUUGAACGGUUCACCAUGAACUGCACUGUAACCAACCUCAGAUACAAGCCAGAGAUGGGAACUCCCAAUUCGAAGGCGUUCAACUCCACAGAGAAAGCACUCACCACUCUGUUUGGAAGAGUCCUCCGCAGUAGCAGUAUUGGCCCGGCGUAUAUGGGAUGCAAAGUGUCAACCCUGAGACCGGUGCAAAACGGGGACGAAACCGGGAUGGAUGCCGUCUGCUCUUACCGGAACAGCUCCGCUGCCCCGGCGUUCGACCGGGUGAAUGUGUAUCACGAAAUCGUUAACCGGACAAGUGGCUUCACCAAGAUGGGGCCCUACGACUUGGAGAGACACAGUCUCUACGUUAACGGAUAUCAUGAAGUCCCUGUGGAACCAUCAACAACUCAGCCCCCCCCAGCUCGGGCAAUUGAGCACUUCACUGUCAAUUACACUGUCACUAACCUCAAAUACAAGUCGGAGAUGGGAAUUCUGCAUUCGAAGGUCUUCAAUGCCACGGAAAAAGCUCUCACCACGGUGCUUGGCAGAGUCAUCUCCAGUGGCAGCGCCGUUGGCCCAAACUAUCAGGGAUGCCAAGUGACAGCUCUGAGGCCGUUGAGAGAUGGGGAUGAAACGGCAAUGGAUGCCGUCUGCGAGUACAGGGCUCCAUCCCCCUCCUCCCCCUUUGACCGAGUAACGGUGUACCACGAAAUUGUGAACAAGACCAAUGGCUUCACCAAGAUGGGGCCCUACAAUCUGAGCACAAACAGCCUCUAUGUGAACGGUUACAAUGAAGCAUCACUUCCUACUGGUGAAGUCGGGGGGGGGCAUACAUGGGGCAAGGCUGUGAUCUCACAGAUUAUCUCCCUUACAGCUGCCUCGCCCACCACUCCUCGGCCUCCAACGGCAGUGGAUCACUUUACGGUGAACUACACCGUGACGAACCUCAUCUACAAGCCAGAGAUGGGCACUCCCCAGUCGAAGGUGUUCAACGCGACGGAGAAGGCCCUGUCAGCAUUGAUGGGUCGAGCAGUGCAGACAAGCAGCGUUGGACCUGCGCUCAUGGGAUGCAACGUUUCGGAGUUCAGAUCCAUAGAUGACGGGAAGAACACUGGCGUGGACAGCGUCUGCAGCUACCAGAGAGACUUGAUGGCAUCCCCUUUUGACCGGGUGCAGAUGUAUCGGGAGAUUGCCAACAAGACAAUGGACUUCACCAAGAUGGGGCCCUACGACCUGGACCGGGACAGCCUCCUCGUGAAUGGUUAUCAUGAACCAUCUCGUCAACCCGACCUUGUCCCAACUCCUCCCCACCCUCCAGCCAGUGAACGCUUCACAACCAACUUCACUCUGACCAACCUCAGAUACAAGGCGGAGAUGGGGGAUCCGAGUUCGAAAGCUUUCACUUCCACACAGAGAGUUGUGACCACUUUGCUGGGCCAAAUGUUGAGGGAAAGCAGCGUUGGAGACGCUUAUUCCGGAUGCAACGUUACGGCUUUACGGUCUUCGAAUGGUGGGACGGCAACUGCAGUGGACACAGUCUGCAGCUACCAGCGAGAUGUGAUGGCGCCACAAUUCGACCGAGUGAAGGUGUACCAGGAGCUGAUAAAUAUGACCAAUGGAUUCACCAAGAUGGGGCCCUACACUCUAGACAAGGACAGCCUCUACGUCAAUGGUUACAGCGACCUGCGUAGCAUUCCGCAUCUCCCCGCCGCGAUUCCUGCCAAGAUGCCAACUCUGCGGAAUUUCACGGUCAAUUACACCUUGUCCAGCCUCCCCUACAUGAAUGACAUGGGGACCCCUGGUUCUCGCAAAUUCAACGCCACGGAGAAAGCCCUCAACUUCUACAUGGAGCCUCUUCUCAAAAAGACACACGUUGGCCCGGCGUUUGCAUAUUGCAGAGUGGAGAGAUUUUGGGCUCCACAAACCAGGCAUGCUGCGGCGGUGGACACUGUCUGCAGCUACUGGGAAGACCUUCUCCCUGUCCCCUUUGACCACGUGAGGCUUCACCGGGAGAUCAGCAACCUGACGAGGGACGGCACGAGGCUCGGCCACUACAGCCUGGAGAAGGACAGCCUGUCUGUGAAUGGAUACCUGCCAGUCGUCAGAGGAGGGGAGGAAGGAGUUGGCUAUGAGCUCGGCUUCACGGUCGUCAACCAGAACUUGACCCACACGGACCCGUCGUCUCCAGAAUACCAGCGCGUGAAGUCUGCCAUCGCCUACGAGUUAAAUCAACUCUUCCUCCGGAGUGCCAUCCGAAACGGAUUCAACAUUUGCAAAGUAACUGGACUGAGGCACGGCUCCAUCGUGGUCGACUGCAAGUGCUACUUUGACCCGGCGACGAACACCAGCCAAGAGCUCGUCCGAGAGACCUUUCAGCAGGAGACGAGGAACGCCACGUCCCUGUGGCUGGGAAGGCAGUUCCAGCUCAAGGGUGUGACUGUGCGAGCUCCCGAAUCGGCCAUUGAGUCUGCCACUGCUGCCCUGCCGCCCCAGCUCCAGAUGAAGAACUUUGCGGUCAACUUCACCGUCACCAACUUGCCAUACGCAGGGGAAAUGGCAGAUCCCGACUCGGAUGUCUACUGGAAGACCAAAAUGAGUCUUGAGAGCGAGCUCCACCAGUUAUACCAGCGCAGCAGCCUGCAGAGGGAGUUUGUGCAGUGCUCUGUCGAGAGCUUCAGACCGACCGGCCAGCAGACCGAGACGGGGGUCGACGCCGCCUGCGCGUUCGCGAUGGAUUCUUCCACAAGGACGUUCGACCGAGCUCUGGUGUACGAUGUGUUUAGGAACUGGACGGGCAAUGCCACAGCGUUGGGGAUGUACACACUGGACAACGGAAGUCUGCUGGUCAGCGGUUAUCCUUCAACAGUGACCCCAGUGCACCACCAAAGAGGGUUACCUUUCUGGGCCAUCAUCCUGAUAUGUCUGUCUGCUCUCCUGGGCUUCCUCCUCCUCUUCCUCAUCUGCUUCCUGGUUGCCUUCUGUCUGCGGAAGAAAGCCGGGAAGUAUCAGGUGCAACAGGACAUCCUUGGACUCUACUUCCCGCACUUGGAUAUGAGGAAAGCGCGAUGAUGUGCAGACCCUUUUGCGGCCUUGACUCUCUGCGCCCCACGAGGUGGGAGUGGGGGGGGCCUCCUUUCGCACACUGCUCCCACCGUCCACAGCAAACAACUGUUUUGGCACAGCUGGAACAGACGUCUAGAUUAAGAAGUGAAUCACAACCAAUCAACGCUAGCUUGUCUUGGACCAGAGAGAGAGAGAGAGGGUUCCUGCAUUGCGCGGGGUUGGACUAGAUGACCCUCGUGGUCCCUUCCAGCCCUAUGAUUCUGUGACUAUUGAGCAUGCUCUAUGAGAUAUUUUGGACAUUGACCUCGGCGACCCUGAAGACUGCCGGAUUCAGAACUGAGUGGGGAAGCUCCGUUCCAAUUUAUUUAUUAAUGCACGGUGGACUUUGGAAUGUAAUUUUAAUAUAUAUAUAUAUAUGUAGCCACAGAUUAUUUAACUAUUUGUAGAUGGAUUCUGCCUGGGAUGCAGAUCAGUGUCAAGUCUUUCUCCCCCUGCCCCACGUUCUCUGAAAUGUCCAGAGAUGCGUCGAAGGAAGUUCAGACUGUAUUGCACUUUAGAUUCCCUUAGAAUUUUACUUUUCAUUCAUUCAGCCUUUAUUGGCAUACCUUAGACAGUAGAAUCGUUUUUUAAAAAACCAUCCAUAAAACAUUCGUAAUAUUAAACUCAUAAAACAUAAAAAAGACUCAGUAGCCACCAUUAAAUAAAUUAAGCAGUUUUAAAAUUGAUUUUAAAAAUGUCAACUAAAUAUCCCAAAACAAUCUCGGUAUUUUCGGGACUAUCAUCCCUCAGCAGAUAUUGUAUCUGCUUGCAAAAAAGAGUUCUGUUUAGCUCAGGGACUAGGAGAUCUCGUUCAGCUCAGGGCCCGGCCCCCUCUUGGGGGAUCUUCCGAAGGCCACAUACCGUUGAAGGGCGGAGCCGGGAGCAAACAGUAGGCGGGCCUAUGCUAAUUACCUAUGUGUGGUAGGCUAUAUGCCGCUGGAACGAAGACCAGAGGUUUCUGUGUCCGGCCACUCCUCUUUCCGUCCUCUGUCCAGGCCAAUAGGAGGCAUUAUCAAAGACACAUUUCCAUCCAGGCUAAAGCACUUAUGGAAGGUGGGCUGGAAGAUUGGUGAAGGAUAUGGCCUGACAAGAAAGCUGUGACCCCAGAAAGAGUCCUAAGGGUGGGGGACACACAAGCCGGAGGUCUCUUGCCCCGUUUUACCUAAAACAAAAUAGUAAUAUUUAGUGAUUGUCGGCAGGGAUGGUUUUUCUAUUUAAAGAAGGGAUGUUCUUUUUGGAGAGGUGAUGAAGUCUGCUACACUGGAAGGAUAAUUCCACACCCCCAAAAAAACAACAACAACUGGGGCUGUGGUUUAGGAGAGAACCAGAUUCCAAAAUAAUAUAUAUAUGUAUGUCGGCGAUUGAUAUGAUGAUUGUUCUUUGUUUUCUAAGAUAUCUCAAUAUUUAAAAACGUUCUCGAUUUCUUACAAGCCAAUCAAUAAACAGCAAGCUGAAAAACGAA